ACGACAGCGUCAUUUGAAUUUUGUAUGAUUUUAUUUUUGUAAAAUUUGUUUAGAAAAUAUGUUUGUGUUGUGAAAUCGUCGUGUUUUAGUGUCUUAUUUUACAAAAAACUGUGUAUUUUAGUUGUAAAUGAGUUUUUUUAUUAUUUUGAAGAUGUACUAUCAAUUAAGUUACGUAUCGUUGUUAUUGCAAUGAUGACUCGAAGUCCUGAUAUAUUGUUUAUGGCAGAAUAUAUAAAAAAUGUUUUAUACUUUGCAACAGUGAGACAAGGAAAAACUCUAAAAAAUACGGUCGAUACACAUUAUUUUUGUAUAGACAAUGACCUUCUAUACGAAAAUUAUUAUUCAGAUUUUGGCCCUUUAAAUCUUGGUUGUGUAUAUAAAUAUUGUAGAAUAUUAAAUGAAAAACUGAAACAGUAUCUUCAUAAGCAAACUAUUGUACAUUACACUUCUAUCGAUCCUAAGAAGAAAGCGAAUUCAGCAUUUCUGCUGGGAUGUUAUGGAGUAUUGUAUUUGAGUUUGACACCAAGAGACGCCUUGAAGCCCUUGAUGGUCCAUGGUCAGAGCUACAGACCCUUUCAAGACGCAACGCAAGGUGACUCGUCAUACACGAUAUCUCUGACAGACUGCUUACAAGCAAUAAAGAAGGCUCGAGAAUUAGGGUUUUUUAAUUUUCAAGACUUUAAUUAUGAAGAAUAUGAUAGACUAGAUAAAAUUCAAGGCGGCGAUCUCAAUUGGAUUGUGCCUGGAAAAUUUCUGGCAUUCAUUGGCCCAGUUGACUGCAGCGUGUCUUUGUAUCACCCCCCAGAAAUGUACAUAAAUUACUUUCUGGAGAACAACGUGAAAAUAGUCAUACGAUUAAACAAAAGAUUGUAUGAUGGAAACGUGUUUAACAAUGUCGGGAUACUACAUUACGAUCUAUUCUUUCCUGACGGAUCGUGUCCCCCACGGCACAUACUUUUCAAGUUUCUGCAGAUUAGCGAAGAAGCCAGUUGUGCCCUAGCGGUUCAUUGCAAGGCAGGUCUAGGGCGCACGGGCUCGUUGAUUGGUUGUUACUUGAUUAAGCACUACCGGAUGACGUCUCACGAAGCUAUAGGCUGGAUGAGGAUAUGCAGACCGGGAUCAGUCAUUGGACACCAACAGGGUUGGCUGGAGGAGCUGGAACCGUGGCUGAUAAAGCAGGGGAAUCUUUAUAGGAAACGUACCUAUCAGGACACAGAAAAGAUGCCCUUGCACGAAUUUGGUGUUUAUUCGAUUGCUGAGAAAACUAUGAAACAAAGGCCAGUGGUGUUUCACAAGUCCCCGUCACCGCCGCCUCCGAUACAGAAGCAAUGUCGCCCGGAAGUAGCUUCACCUGUGAGGCCACAGAACUCAAGAAUCAAAGAAGCUUUUAAUAAGGCGACCGAGAAGGAGUGCGACUGGCGCGUGAAGACGCAAACUAUGAACAAUACUCAAAAGAUAUUAUACAGAGGAGACCACUAUGACGCAAUCAGUAAUGUGUCGCGGCGCAGUAGUGGAGCAGGAGACCCUAAAGCGGGUCGGCCAACUUCUAGGACCUCAGCUACGCGAUCCCCGCCGCCGAGGGAAACUAUCAAACCUCUCGUACGGGAGUCGGAUUCAAGAAGUAUCCGUGGUUUAAAUCCCAUAACAACGUAUCGUACCAGCCAAGCGCCCGUCAUUAAAAGCGUUCAUGAUGCUAGAAAUUAUCUAAUGCGAAGUAGUAUAUACAACACGGAGCGAGAGAAGCAAUUGAACACAGCUGUUACAGUGACUCCUCACUAUGCAAGCCGCCCUACAAAUAACUACUUUAACCCAUUACCAACUGGUGCAGCGCAUAUUACGCCAUCAUCUUACAGCACAGCGUCGAAAACUCCAAUGCAACCCCAACAUCGACGAAGGCUUGGACGCAGUCCAAGUCCUCCUGGGCGCAUGACGAAUGAACAAUCUAGGGCUACAAACACGCCAUCACCAACAGAGAAAUUUCUGGUAAAAGAUGCCUCAAAAUCUGCUUUGAAAGAUGUCCUAUCGAGACUCAAGUUGUCGAUGUGUCGCGACGGGUCGCUGGGCGCGGCGUCGCUGGGCGCCACGCGGGACGCGCCCGCGCCGCGCCGCGCGCCCAGCGUGCGCUCCGACGAGCGCCCGCUCGCCACGCAGGGGGACAUGCUCAACAGCAUCAAGUUUCAAAGGAGAUUGCGAGAAACUAUCAAUGCAGAAAAAAGUGGCGGGUUUCACGAAAAAGUCAGUUUAUCUCCUAAAAAACCUAGUGUCAAGAAUCUGAACACUAGAGCCAGUAAUUUGAUGAAACCAAGUAAUACGCAAGACUUAAGCGGCGGCAGAGAGAAGCCGAGCUCGUUAUCGCGGAGUUUCUACAGCCAGCCGCGGCCGAUGUCGCCGAAGGGCCGGCGGAACCCGCAGACCACCAGCUUCUACUGAGCCGCCGAGCAAAUUGUGUCGUGUUAUCGUACCACACUAAUAAAAAUACGUUUUAUAU